UAUUCGUCUUUAUAAAAUGUAAUUAAUGAUUCCCUUUGGUAGACGCUUUGUUUACAAGAUCGGCAUUGAUUCGGACUGUAACACGUAUUCUGUGCUUAUGGAAUCGCCCAGAAUGGAUUCGUAAAGAGAAAGGUUUUAUAAAAAGGAAGGGAAGUACGCUGUCAUUGUUGGAACGAUAAGGUUAUAGCCAUGUCUCGGCACCAGAACAGGUACAGUAUUGUCGAGUACCAUGGGAAACAAGAAAAGCACAAAUGUGGUUACUGCAAGAAUCCCAACUCUUAUGCUAGUUAUGGAAUGUGGGCAUACUCACUGGCCGUGCGAGAUUAUCAGAACUUGAUAGAUAGAGGAUGGCGACGUAGUGGUGCCUAUUGUUAUAAACCCAUCAUGGACGAUAUUUGCUGUCCAAUGUACACCAUUAGAUGCGACCCUACGGAAUUUAAAAUGACCAAAUCGCAAAAAAAGAUCCUGAAGAGAAUGAUAAAGUUCUUAAAAGGUGAACUGAGAAAGGACCAGAUGGAUACUGCAGACGAGAACGAUCGCGGUGAAAGGUGUCUAGAGGUGCAAGAUCAUUGCAAACGAGUCCCCCCUGAAUUGAAAGACCUACCGAUAGAAAAUGAAAUGUGCAUUGACGAUGAAUUAAGCAAUAAAUUAAAUUCUAGAUCGGAAACUGAUUCAAAGGUCCCAAUUGAUAUUACUGUGCCUACUACUUCGAAGCCGCAGAAUACUAAAUUAGAUUCGCCUUCUGAUAACAAAAAGAAGAAGAAUCAAAAUAUGCUGCUUAAUUCUGAUGAAACUCUACCCAAGAAAGCCAAGCUUUUACGCAUAGAGCGAAAAAAAAAGAAAUUACUUGCUCAGGGGAAAUCUGAGAAGGAGAUCGAUGACAUUUUCAAAAGUAAAAAGCGACAGAGUAACCCUAGGACAUUGGAGAGUUUUUUUGAAGAAAUAUCUAAUAGUAGUACAAUGAAAUUAAAGUUGAAAGUAGUAGAAGUAGCUACCAAUAAAUUAAAUGAGCAUAAUUCUUUUGAAGCAAGUGUACAGCUAUAUCAAAAGUAUCAAAUGGCAAUUCAUGGAGAUGACCCCUUGGAAUGCAGCGAAAAGAUGUUCUACAAUUUUCUUGUGUACAACACUUUAAAGUCGCGGCGUUCGGAAAAUGGCCCACCUCAGGGAUACGGGUCCUUUCAUGAACAGUACUGGUUAAACGAUGAACUCAUCGCUGUUGGAGUUCUAGAUAUUCUGCCAUAUUGCGUGUCAAGUGUGUAUUUUUUUUACGAUCCAGCAUAUUCCCAUCUUUCCCUUGGGACCUUUAGUUCACUUUAUGAAAUCUACUUAACGAGGCAGUUGAUGAGGACGUCACCUGAUCUGAGAUAUUAUUACAUGGGAUUCUAUAUUCACUCCUGCCCAAAAAUGAGGUACAAAGCGAAAAUGAAGCCUUCGAAACUACUCUGUCCUGAAACUUAUGUUUGGUGUGACAUCGAAAAAUGUCUACCAAAAUUAGACAAAUCUCAGUAUAGUAGGCUCAAUGAAGACAUGGAUGCAAUUGACGAGGAUGCCAAUGUAGACAUUGGUCAGUGUUUAAUACUCCAUAGACGAUUAGCAAGAAUAUACAAAAAUAUCAAGGAUAGCCUUUUUACAAGGCCUGGUUUUAUUGACGAGGAAGAAUUAAAAGAGUACGCUGCGUUAAUAGGAAAAAAAUGCUUACGAACAAUGCUUAUGUAUCGUGAGUGACUAUAGUGCUCGGCAAGAGAAUAUGAUUGCACCCAGAUUCAAUGUUAAGUCUAACGACAACUGCAUUCACUUUAGCAAGUGAAUAGCUUUGUACACAUUACUUUCGAGUCUCAUAUGUCCAUGUUAAAAAUUAUAAUUUCUGAACGUACUCUGUAGCCUUUAAUUUCAUCAUUACAAUUAAAUUAAAAUGUGCGUUA